AUGAGGAAGCUGUUGCUGUGGGCCUUGUUGUUGUAUGACGUCACAGACGCAAACAGAAACUACGACUAUGACGACAUAGAUAGCUUGAAGCGUCACUCUUUCAUAGACGAUAGACGAAACUGGAGGAAGAAGGCUCUAUUGAAAUUCGACCAGGACCACAACUGGGAAGAAAGAAGGAGAUACGAAGAUACUAGAUACUUGGAUGACAUUGAGAAUAAACCUGGUCAAAGGAAGAGCGAUUAUGACAGUUCAGGAACGGGCUACGGCAGCCAAAAGCAUGAUGACGAAAAGACUAGAUAUAGAAGUACUGAGAUCAGUCAUAGUGCUACAGACAAGGAAACAGACAGAAAGGUGCCUUUUUCCAUGAAUUGUGAACGCCCACAUGAAAGGUACGAGCCAUGUUUUUCUGGCUGCGCAGCGAUAAGUUGCGACAACCCGCGGGAGAGGUUACGACCCUGCUACCCCUUCUGUGAGCCAGGUUGCAUAUGCACGCAACCAUAUGUGCGAGAUGAUCGGACUCAUAAAUGCGUUUUGCCAGAUGAUUGCACUAACGCCAAACUUAGACAGAACUAUAGAAGACAGUAUGAAGAACCGACCAGAGCAGAAGAACAUUUGGUAACCCUUGAUGGUACUGAGCCACCCGCCCCGUUUGACCCCAUCGAUCAUGAAGUUAAUGAAAUCACAAAAAACGCAGAUGAUUUAGGUGACUGGUUAUAUAAUCAGUUUUUUAAAACUAUUGAAAACCAAGUUAUCAACAAGACACAGGAAAACGAAGUACCGACAAGACGAAAUGGUGUACCUAUCAAAGCCAUGGAUUUGAGAAGAUCGCGCAAAAAGAACAAGAAAUCAAAACAGAAAAGACGUAAGUCGAGUAUGCGGAGGAAGUUGCUUCGUAUUACAGAAAACGACAGCGUUUUUGACUCAUCACAAGAGCACGCAUCGUCAGAAACAAGCGAAUCAAGUUCAGACGAAAGCGACGGAACAUUUGAGAUUGCAGAAACUAAAGAAAAGCACAAAGAUGACAAAGAGCACGGACAUAAGAAAAUCGUCAUCAUAAACAAGAAGCCCAAGCCGCCAUUACCCUCUUUCAUAUUUCUACCCAAUAUGGACACACCAUUUUACCCUCCUAUUGGACUUCCACCGCCGCCGAUUAUGCCAAUGUAUCCUAUUAUUCCUGUGCCACCUAUGCCAGUAUAUCCUUGUCCUGAACAAGGUGCGAGUGAAACUACCGUGGUAUUAACGACUACCACCAAAGUAACGCCUACUAGCACAACUUCUCCUAAAGGAACUACACAAUCGGCAAAAACACCAGAAAUUAGUGAAGUGGAAGACCCAUUUCCAACUACAAUAGAUUCGGGUACUACAACACAGAAGCCAACUAUGCAACCGGGAAGAUCGGGAUCCUACAAGAAGAGAAAUAGAGCAUCAAGAAUGAAACAAAACGGUUAUAGUCGACGACCUCACGUUGGAUUAAAGACAAAACCGUCACAAGACGAGCGACAAAAGCUGUUCCAGCAUCUUCGAGAAAGAAUGAACAAACCAGCUCCGUUACGACCACCUAAGGGCAUGCCGAACGACAAUGAAGAUGAAAUGUUUGAGUCACCCCUUACAGAAGACAACAUGUUCGAUGAUACCUUCAACAACGAAAUACCCCCGAAACCUAAGCACGGUACUGGUACUCAGCAGCCAGAUAACGUAGAUUUUAAAUACAUUAGUGAACUUAUUCAUCGAGUUAACCUUAACAAUACAAAUGAAUUACCUCCUAUAGAGUACAACCCUAGAGACAGUGCUGAAUUUUAUAAACCGCGAAAACCAUAUUACAUUAAAAAUCGAAAGUUCAACGCGCCUAUAGAAACUCGUAGACUCUACUCUGAUGAUUCUUAUUACACAAAUUUGGGAAGACAAAUCGCUUCGAUCAUUCGCAAUGCAGAUGCGCAAAAUCAACAAGUAGAUAUUGAAAUUGAACAAUCUGAACGAAACAACGAGGAUCAUAUACUUUUGAAUAAUAACUCGCCUAGGUCAUUUUGGGAACGAUCUGUGAGAUCACCUUUGAAAUAUUUAAAUUCCAACAAAAAUAAAUACGAUUACCUCAAGAAGAGUAAUGAACUUCUAUUCAAUAUUGAGAAUAAGGUGUCAAUUGUAGCAUCUACGAUGCCUUCUUUAACGUUACAAGAGAUAGAAAAUAUCGUUAAUGUCAUGGAAAAGGCUCAAAGCAAAAUUAAAAAUAAACACGUUAGGAUCAGUCAAGAUAAAUCAGAUGACAAUCUCAAUUUCAAUUUGUGGCCGCAGGAAACUGGAGCCACUCGGAAUGAUUUUAACAAAAUUAUCGUAAAGCCGGCGCCCAAAACAAUAGUGCAAAAAGGUGAUAGCAGUAACAGUAAAAAUUUACCUGAAAUUAAAGGCUUGAGUAUGCACAAUAUACAAAGAGUGACAGCUUGGUUAUCUACCAAUAGGAAUAACCGUACUUAUAAAGCAGAUUUCGGCUCAAAUAUGAAAUUAAACUCCAACGACGAUCGUGGAAAUCCUGUACCGAAGCCUCAUGUUCAGUCAAUUGCGAAGGACAACAGACUGAAUGCGUCUCAAUAUCCAAAAUCAAAAUAUCAUGAUUACUAUCAGCCGAGUUACCAACGUAAGGGUAUGAACAAAUAUUUCCAAGACGGUCAGACAGCGCGAGAGUUUGAUGGAUUGAAUUUUCCCAUGAAACCUAUGCGCCAUUCAUUAAGCAAGCCGAUGGAUCAACAGCCGUCAUACUUCCAUCACGAGAUAAAUCAUUUUGAUUAUUUUAAUUAG